GAAUGAUGGGUUCCAAUACAAAAUUCGGCCCAUCCUAAAUAAAAGAGGAAACGUUUGAGGAUCAGCAGUCAGCCCUAAUAUUGACUAUUUUAUCUUCAACAGAGUGUCGAGUCUAAAACCCUAAUUUCCUCUCACAUCCCAUCUGCCAUUGAAGCUCUGCUACGAAAGCUUCAACAAGAGCUUCGUUCAUCCACCAUACUUGUGAUUUUUCUUGACUUGUUGCGGAAUUCUUAUACUAGAGAAUGUCUUCCCGCUUUUGGACCCAGCCUGGAAGCUCCUCAGAGGAUGAGGAGAGUGACUAUGAUGAGGAGGUUGAAAAUACAGGUGGUGAGGCUAACACUGAACCAGUUGGAAACCGAUACCUUGAGGUUAAUCAAAGUGACAGCGAUGACCCUGAUGAUGAAAGGCGUGUCGUUAGAUCAGCGAAAGACAAGCGCUUUGAUGAAUUGUCGGCAACUGUUCACCAAAUGAAGAAUGCCAUGAAUAUCAAUGACUGGGUUAGCUUGCAAGAGAGCUUUGACAAGAUAAAUAAGCAACUUGAGAAGGUCAUGCGUAUUACAGAGGCUGUUAAAGUACCCACUCUAUACAUAAAAGCGCUUGUAUUGUUGGAAGACUUUUUGGCCCAGGCUUUGGCAAACAAGGAUGCUAAGAAGAAGAUGAGUAGUAGCAACGCCAAGGCCUUGAACUCAAUGAAACAGAAAUUGAAGAAGAACAAUAAGCAGUAUGAGGAAUUGAUUAAUAAGUAUAGGGAGAAUCCUGAGCAGAGUGACGAGGAGAAGGAAGCAGAAGAGGAUUCAGAAGACGAUGGAUCAGUUUCUGAAAUUGAGGAUCCUACUGAUAUUGUAAUGUCAAAUAGCGAUGAUGAUGGGGAUGAAGAAGAAGAUGAAAAGGAUGACCAAACUGAUGAAGGCUGGGAGAAGAAGAUGAGUAAGAAAGACAAGCUCAUGGAUAGGCAAUUCAUGAAGGACCCAAGCGAGAUCACAUGGGAUACAGUUAACAAGAAAUUUAAAGAGGUUGUGGCUGCUCGGGGAAGGAAGGGAACUGGAAGGUUUGAGCAGGUUGAGCAGCUUACCUUCUUGACAAAGGUUGCUAAGACCCCUGCACAGAAGCUGGAGAUAUUUUUUAGUGUUGUUUCUGCUCAGUUUGAUGUGAAUCCUGGUCUCAAUGGGCACAUGCCAAUAAAUGUGUGGAAGAAGUGCGUGCAGAAUAUGCAAGUUAUACUUGAUAUUCUUGUGAAGUAUCCUAACAUUACAGUGGAUGACAUGGUGGAACCUGAUGAGAAUGAAUCCCAGAAAGGACCAGAUUAUGAUGGGACAAUUAGGGUCUGGGGAAACUUGGUGGCCUUCUUAGAAAGGAUAGAUACUGAGUUCUUCAAGAGCUUGCAGUGCAUUGAUCCCCAUACUCGUGAGUACAUUGAAAGACUCAGGGAUGAGCCUAUGUUUUUGUGUCUAGCGCAAAAUGUUCAAGAUUAUUUAGAACGAGUGGGUAAUUACAAAGCUGCUGCCAAGGUAGCCUUAAGGCGGGUCGAACUCAUUUAUUAUAAGCCACAGGAAGUUUAUGAUGCCAUGAGAAAAUUGUCUGAGCAGACUGGAGAGAGCGAUAAUGGUGAAGAGCCUAAAGUGGCCGAGGAAAGUCGCGGUCCAUCUCCAUUUAUUGUAAUUCCCGAGCUGGUUCCUCGAAAACCUACCUUUUCAGAGAGUAGCAGGACAAUGAUGGAUAUUUUGGUUUCCCUCAUAUACAAGUAUGGCGAUGAGAGGACUAAAGUUCGUGCAAUGCUUUGUGAUAUUUACCACCAUGCUCUGCGGAAUGAGUUUUGCACUGCCCGUGACUUGCUACUAAUGAGUCACCUGCAAGAUGUUAUUCAGCAGAUGGACAUUUCGACUCAGAUACUUUAUAAUAGGGCCAUGGCACAACUUGGUCUGUGUGCAUUUCGUAGUGGAUUAAUUACUGAAGGGCAUAGUUGCCUUGCUGAACUAUAUUCAGGCGGAAGAGUAAAAGAGUUGCUUGCACAAGGUGUCUCACAAAGUAGAUAUCAUGAGAAAACUCCAGAACAGGUAUGCCAGUGCUUCUGUUAUGUUUUUCCAAGUGGAAUUGGCUUCAAAAGCGUGGUUCUGAUCACAGCUCAGCCUUACAUUUUUAGUAAUGGUUAUCAGAUAAGGUUCAGUGAAGAGCCUUGUAUGCAUUGCAAUCUUGGGUACAUAGUUCCUGAAUGGGUUGAGGAAAACCCAACUAUGUCUGACAUAAGACAGAUAUAUGGUUCUGGUUCUGCCCUUCCAACUACAACACUGAUCUUACCUCUAAAGCAUGACAAGGUCAAACCUGUGAAGCAGCAGCUCUCUAAAAUGCAUCCUGAAGUUCUCUUGUUCAGGGCAGCAGCUCUCUAA